GCAACAAAUGUGCAAUCUAGUCAUUCUUCCUCAACUCAUAUUGGCUGCCUUGUUUGUGGCCGCUCUCUUCUCUAUAAACUCAUGGCUCCUCCACAUGGUUCAGCGGCAAAAGCUGACUUCGAAAUACUAACUGUCGACAACCUUCAAGAGAGGAUGAAUAAAAUUGCAACUUCACUGCAAGCGACCAUUGAGAAGCCGUUGCCAGUCUGUUGGGCUUUGUUACAGGAAUGUAAAUGGUCUUGUGACAGUGCUGUGUUAAGAUACGUUAAUGCUGGCUGCAAGAUCCCCGCUAAAUUCUGUGGUGCCUACAACCCUAAGGACCCCAAAGAGUCAGAUCCUCAACAACUUUACUCAUCCAAAGGCAAGAGUUGUAUUCUCUGCGAUGAUGAACAUGUAGCAGUCCAAGGCUUGAAUUGUGCUCAUCUUUUCUGUACUGAAUGUUGGGAUGCGUAUAUCAGACAAAAAGUUGUUGCCGAGAAUACUUGCAUCAUCCAAUGCCCAGACACUAAUUGCGCUGUUCUUCUGGACCGGUUUACAUUAUUUAGACUAUGCAAAGAUACAAGCGUUCAUCAACGAUAUCGACAGCAAGAAGCUCAACGCUACGUUAUGUGGAACACAAAAAUCAAGCCAUGUCCAGGCGUUGGCUGUACCCUCUAUUCUCUAACUCAAUUUUGGAGUGAUUCUGCACGCGUGGCUUGUACCUGUGGCAACAUUUAUUGCUCUGAUUGUGGUUACAGUUGGCAUGAACCUAUAAAUUGUGCAUUGUUGGCAAUGUGGAUGAGAUCAAUUUCUUCAGACCACAAAAAUCUUUCUUGGAUUCAUUCAAAUACUAAACCUUGUCCAAAAUGCAAGGCUAGUCUUUUUUUAAUUUUCUUUUGA